AUGUCAAUAUGUGGUUCUUCCAAUGAUGAGCAUGAUAUCAUCACUUUACAUUAUGCAGAGGAAGGUCUGUUAACCGUAGGUGAGAAUAGGGAAAGUCCUGCUGCUGCAUUUGGAGAUGAUGUAGCAAUGAAAUGUCUUGCAACUGAAUUCCAGAGAGAGAUCUAUGUGAGUGGCCUUCUGUUUGGAACUUUUAUCUCUUCUGCCUCCUUGGAAUGUACAUUAACAAUUCUUAAGUUGGUGUGUGCCGGUGGAGACCAUUAUGAGCCUCUUAUAGCCCAUCCAUGCUCUCUUUUUUCAAAGGAGAAGGUUGCAUUGGUAUUCUGA